AUGUGGCAUGUGCUACAGCUGAAGGUCAUAUUACCUGAGGUGAUAUCCCCCUACCAGAGUGCGUUUGUUCCUGGCAGAUUGAUUACGGAUAAUAUAUUGGUGGCAAAUGAACUUGCUCAUGUUGUCCAUAACAAGCGUGAUGGAGAUGAUGGGUACAUAGCUUUGAAAUUGGAUUUGUGCAAGGCCUAUGAUAGGAUGGAAUGGAUUUUUCUGGAGAGAGUGAUGUAUCGGUUUGGGUUUGCUCGAAACUGGAUUUCAAUGGUGAUGCAAUGUGCAAUGGGUCUUUUACCAGGCAUUGCUGUAUGUACUAAUGCACCCAUAGUGAACCAUUUAUUGUUUGCGGAUGAUAGUAUGCUUUAUGCACAAGCCUCAUUGGAGUCCUAUUCUGUUAUACAGGAGGUUUUGGAGACUUAUGGGAGGGCUUCUGGCCAGGUAGUUAAUUUUGCUAAGAGCUCAGUGGUGUUUAGCAAGAAUGUGCUGGUUGAUUUACAGGAUGAGAUUUCCAACUUGUUGGGUGUGGAAGUUUUGGAAUCUGAUGCAAAAUAUUUAGGUCUGCCCACUUAUGUAGGGAGGAAGAAGACGUCUACCUUCCAGUAUAUUAAGGAAAGAACAGCAAUGUGCAAGAUUCUGUGGGGGAGCACGUUAGAUAAAAGGAACAUACACUGGAAGAGUUGGAAUGCUCUUUGUAACCCGAAGGAGGAGGGUGGUUUGGGUUUUCGAAGCCUAUCCGACUUCAAUUCUGCCAUGCUAGCCAAACAAGCAUGGAGGAUCCUGAUGACUCCUUCAUCUCUUAUUGCUCGCAUCUACAAAGCGAGAUACUUCCCGGAUACUUCGUUUUGGGAAGCUAUGCCUCAUACGUCUCCCUCUUUUUCGUGGAGAAGUAUUUUCUCUUCUAGAGAAUUACUUCAACAAAGUUGUUACUGGCAAGUGGGUAAUGGGGCGGAUAUUGCCAUCUACUCGGAUAAUUGGGUGGUGGCGCUACCUCUUGGGCGGCCUACCAACCCGGGGUUGGCAGCGGUUGAGGUCACACAAGUUAGUGAGCUGAUGAGUGAUGUGGGACGGUGGAAUAUCCCUCUAAUAUAG